CAGCCCCGCAGGGGCGUCGCGCUGAUGUCACUAGCCCGCAGGAAGUCUUGUGUUGCGCCCGGGAGGCGCCGGAGCCCAGCGGCGGGCGUCAGAUCCAGGCUCCUGGAAGGACAAUGUCCGGUAGCUACCAGUCGUGCCAGGCACACACUGCGCCCAAGAGGAGCUGCUGUUUGAAUUAUCUGUGAAUGUUGGUAGGAGGAAUGCCAGAGCUGCCAACUGAAAAUUAUCCAACCAAAAGAAAUGUAGGCUGGGCACCCUGAAUCACCAGCCCCAGGAUGGACUUCCUGAUCCUCUUCUUGUUCUACCUGGCUUUGGUGGUGCUGGGUCUUGUUCUUAUCUGCGUCUGCUCGAAAACCCAUAGCUUGAAAGGCCUGGCCAGGGGAGGAGCACAGAUAUUUUCCUGUGUAAUUCCAGAAUGUCUUCAGAGAGCCAUGCACAGAUCGCUUCACUACCUUUUCCAUACGAGAAACCACACCUUCAUUGUCCUGCACCUGGUCUUGCAAGGGAUGGUUUAUACUGAGUACACCUGGGAAGUAUUUGGCUACUGUCAGGAGCUGGAGUUCUCCUUGUAUUACCUUCUUCUGCCCUAUCUGCUGCUAGUUGUAAACCUGUUUUCUUUCACCCUGACUUGUGUAACCAAUCCUGGCAUUAUAACAAAAGCAAAUGAAUUAUUAUUUCUUCAUGUUUAUGAAUUUGAUGAAGUGAUGUUUCCAAAGAACGUGAGGUGCUCUACUUGUGCUUUAAGGAAACCAGCUCGAUCCAAGCACUGCAGUGUGUGUAACUGGUGUGUGCACCGUUUCGACCAUCACUGUGUUUGGGUGAACAACUGCAUCGGGGCCUGGAACAUCAGGUACUUCCUCAUCUACCUCUUGACCUUGACGGCCUCGGCUGCCACCGUCGCCAUUGUGAGCACCACUUUUCUGAUCCACUUGGUGGUGAUGUCGGAUCUAUACCAGGAGACUUAUGUCGAUGACCUUGGACACCUCCAUGUUAUGGACACGGUCUUCCUUAUUCAGUACCUGUUCCUGACUUUUCCACGGAUUGUCUUCAUGCUGGGCUUUGUCGUGGUCCUGAGCUUCCUCCUGGGUGGCUACCUGUGCUUUGCCCUGUACCUGGCAGCCACCAACCAGACUACUAACGAGUGGUACAGAGGUGACUGGGCCUGGUGCCUGCGUUGUCCCCUUGUGGCCCGGCCUCCAUCAGCAGAGCCCCAAGUCCACCGGAACAUUCACUCCCACGGGCUUUGGAGCAACCUUCAAGAGAUCUUUCUACCUGCCUUUCCAUGUCAUGGGAGGAAGAAACAAGAAUGACAAGUGUGUGACUGCCUUUGAGCUGUAGUUCCCGUUUAUUUACACAUGUGGAUCCUCGUUUUCCAAGCAUGGCUUGUUUGUUUUGA